AUGCUGAAACCCAAGCGACAGCCAGUAGGUUGGUGUUCUUGGUAUUGCCAUGGGCCUUUUGUGGAUGAGCUCUUGAUGAUGCAAUCCUUAAAGGAGUUGAAGUCGAUGGGCUUGGACAGUGGCGAGCUGUCCUUGGAUCUUUUUCAGCUGGAUGAUGGCUGGCAAAGCGCUUGGGGAGAUUGGUUACGACCCAAUGCAAAGUUCCCGAAUGGCUUGAAGCCCUUGACCGACGCAGUGAAAAAGGAUGGUUUGGUGCCCGGCAUUUGGUUGGCACCGGCAUCCUUAACCUUGGGCUCUCGCUUGGCACAGGAGCAUCCAGAGUGGAUCCUUCGGGAUGAAACCGGGCGACACGUCUCUUGUGGCUUCACAGCACCAGGGCUUUGGAUGCGCGCCUUGGACACCACGAUGCCAGAGGUCCUAGAGCACAUACGGAAGACCAUUCACACCAUCGUGCACGAAUGGGGUUUUCGCUAUUUGAAGUGCGAUUUCCUCCAUUGUGCCGCGAUGCCUGGAAAGCGCUUUCUGAAGGUCAGCCGUGCCAAAGCGUGCCGGAUGCUUCUAGAGGCAGUGCGGGAGGCCGCAGGAGAGGAUGUCUUCGUUUUAGCUUGUGGUGCCCCACUGGGACCUUGCAUUGGAGUGGCCGAUGCAGUUCGCGUUUCCGCAGACACUGCGGAGCACUGGUUUCCGGUUGGGCCAAACGUCUGGGGCACACGAUGGCUUUUCAAGCAGGAUCGCACCAAUCUGCCUGCUGCCAGGAAUAUGGUUUGCAGUACCCUCGCAAGGAUGCACAUGAACGGCCGGCUUUGGGUCAACGACCCGGAUUGCUUGAUUAUACGAAAGGAGGUGCCUCUGAGCGAAGCCCAGGCGCUCGCCUCGGUGGUGGCCUUCAGUGCUGGCUCGGUCAUCUUCUCCGAUGACCUGAAGUCGCUCCCGAAGGAACGCCUGGCAGUGUUGAAGGCCCUGCUUCCACCGGUGCAGCCAACUGCACAAGACGUCCAUUUCACAGAUGGAGAGAUCCCUUGCAAGGCCGAGAGCAGGGACUGGGCAAUGUGCAUGCAAUUGGGCAUCCAUGCGCUGUUGAAAGACUAUCACCGUCACCGUUUGAACUGCUGCAUCGAUGUUGGGUUUUGGAGCUUUGGAACAGGUGAAAAAGCAUUGUUUCGCCCAACCCAUUCUGGCUUCAUCUAUUUCGCGGUGCUUUCUUUCGUUUGGGUCGUGGAUUUCUUGGUGGAUCCAAAGGUCACUGCGCAUCUCACUGGAGCAGCGGGCGACUGGAGGCUUUGCGGGCUUUUUGCUUGGGACGGCGGCGAGGUGGAGCUGAUGUUGGACGAUCAGGUGGAGCUGAUGGCGUCAUCCUUCAACAAAAAGAAUGAAAGUCUUCAAAGGAUGUCAGCCAUGGAGAAUGGAAAAAUCAUUGACGUGCUGCGUUUAAAUUAA